AUGGCGUCCCAAGCACACAUGCUCCUCAAUCCUCGGGCGUACAAGAAACAGCUACAGAAAAAUGGACAACAGAGCGCAAACAGCCAGCAGCGCAGCGUCGCCUCAUCCAUAGCGCCACAAGGCACGACCUUCGCGAAUCGCCUACUGAGCCCCCAACGUGCACCCUCCGCCGAUCACGCAAGCGGCUCGCUGUCGCAAUACCCUUCGUCGGCUGGAUCGACGAGUACAAACGCGUCCCCCAACUCCUCUGCACACGCGACACCGGACCUGGAUGUGCACUUUACAAGCACAUCGGAUGUGGAAUUUAGUGACGGCAAGCGGAACGCCGAUGUUGUGGAGCUUAGCGACGAUGCGGACUCGAGACAUAGAAGCCUUAUCGAAGAUAUGUACGGGGUAGAGCGGCGGAUGGGCACUCCGUACAAGCGAGUGAAAACGGAAGAUGGGAAAUCUGAGAGAGCGAAACGAGGACCCAUUGGGGGGAACAGCGGCUUGGGGGAAUACAUGAAAGAGGAUGGCGGAGACACGGGGAGCUCCACUGCCAUAACUCCAGAUGUUGUUGACCUGACUUUUGAUGUCUCGGGAAGCAACGACGACGACGACCUUCAAGUGACCGGCUCCAACAACCUCAGCGCGCAGAGAGUAUGUUAUGGAAAGUUGGAGAAUGCUACAAUACAGGCGUCGCUUAUUCCCAUGCCUUCACCGCAAACAAUUUUCGGAGACGUGGCACAUUGGCCCUCAAUGAAGCUUGGAGUUCACAGACAAGUGGGACAGGGCCACUACCGAAUUGAGGUUUCUGACCCCAAUGGGAAGAUUUUCGGUGCUGUCGAUUCAAAGACUGCAGCCGUGAUUGUACCCCUCCUUGAUUCCCCGGCUCUCAAGGUGGAUGUUGCUGCCCGUCUUGAUUCUCGAAAGAAAAUGCCCAAUGAUGUGCCAUGGGCCCCCUGUUCGUCGAACUUCCGGGCCUCCAUCAACCUAUACGGCCUUCGCCAGGAUGCAGAGAAGGUUGGCAACUACCUAGGCCAGCACAACGUCUGGCUUGCCGCACCGUUCUCGGUAGAACAAGGAGUUACUCUCUUUAAUCCUCACGCCGAAAGAAGACGCCUGCAGCCGAACUAUGCGCCAACCGGAGCGCAACGGAAUCGGAAUGGAGUAAAUUAUGAAGUCAGGUCUGCUGAAGAAGUGACUGAUGCUGUCAUGAAAAUGUUUGAUCAGCUUCAGAGUGCGGACAACCUUCCUGAAAUGGAGCCCCCGGAGUUUGUCACGACGCCACUUCUCCGGCAUCAGAAGCAAGCUUUGUGGUUUAUGACAGAGAAGGAGAGUCCUCGAAAGUUUGGGCCCAACGAGGAGGAUAAUAACUCCCUCUGGAGGCGCGAAUACAAGGCCAACGGGGCUAACAAGUUCCGUGAAAUCAUCAGUGGUACCAUUCUUGACGAGGAGCCGCCGCAAAGCUUGGGGGGACUUUUGGCUGACAUGAUGGGUCUCGGAAAGACCCUGAGCAUUUUGUCUCUGGCUGUUUCAUCACUCGAGCAAGCUCACGAGUGGGUGAGGAUGAUUCCACCACCUGAAUUGGUAAAGGACCAACCUGGCAUUCGAAACACAAAGACUACUCUUCUUGUGGUACCCCUCAGCACUGUCAACAACUGGGUCUCGCAGAUUAAAGAACACUUGCAAGAGGGUUCGGUCACAUGGUAUGUUUUCCAUGGCUCCUCUCGGACUACGAGCGUGGACGAACUGUCCAAGUAUGACUUGGUUAUCACAACAUAUAGCAUUGUCCUAAGCGAGCUUUUUGGUCGCGGCUCUAAGCGAGCGGGGGCAAGCCCACUAACUAGAAUGAACAUGUUUCGCAUUGUCCUGGAUGAAGCUCAUACUAUUCGGGAGCAAAGCGCGGCCCAGACUCAGGCGAUUUUCAAGUUAAGCGCCCAGCGCCGCUGGUCAGUAACUGGAACGCCCAUUCAGAACCGGUUAGACGACUUGUUCUCGGUGACAAAGUUUUUAGGCCUUUAUCCAUACGAAGACAAGAGUCGUUUCAACAUGCACAUUCUUAGCCGGUUCAAGACAGGCGAUGCAACUGUUAUCGCGAGCUUGCGCGUGCUGGUUGACUCCUUUACCCUCCGACGAGUCAAGGACAAGAUCGAUUUGCCGGCGCGACAUGAUAAGAUUGUGAUGCUUGAGUUCACCGAGGCAGAGGCACAAUUGCACGAGUUCUUCCGCAAGGAAUCGAAUGUCAUGAUGCGAGUGAUUGCAGGAGAAGACAAGAGCCAUAUAAAGGGUCGCAUGUACCACCAUAUUCUGAAGGCCAUGAUGAUUCUCCGCCAAAUCAGCGCACAUGGCAAGGAGCUGCUGGACAGCAAUGAGCGAGCGCGUAUCAAAGGCCUUAGCGUUCAUGAUGCCAUUGAUCUUGAAGAGGGACCCAGCGCCGAUGUCGUCGCAGCCGAUAAGAAAGCAUAUGGAAUGUUUAUUCUGAUGCAAGAGUCAUCUGCCGAUAUGUGUGCCAUUUGCAGCAAGCGUUUGGAGGAGCCAAAUGCGGACACAAACGGAUCUAGCGGUCCAGGAAAGAAUGAUACCAUGGCCUUUUUACUGCCCUGUUAUGACGCCCUCUGCCCGGAAUGCUUCUCUGGUAGAAAGCAGGCAUUUGACAAUCAAGUUGUAGGCCCGGGGACUUUUGAUAUCAAAUGCGAUGUUUGCGAAGGCUGGAUCCCCGCAUCAUACUCGACAAUUACGGCAACGGGCCUACAGGAUUACCUGAUGGAACAGGAACGAGCAAAGCACGGACCCAAACAAGCAAAAAUCCUAGGGGAAUACGAAGGUCCACACACAAAGACCAAAGCACUCCUAUCAUAUCUUCGUAACACGGCAGAGGAAAGCGCAAGGCUCCCCAAGGGUGAACCCCCUCUCAAGAGUGUUGUCUUUUCCGCCUGGACAUCACAUCUUGAUCUUAUCGAGAUCGCUCUCCGAGCCCAGGGGUUGACAGGGUACACACGGCUUGACGGGACAAUGAGCCUGCCAGCGCGCAACAAAGCGCUCGAUACGUUCCGCGAGGACAACAAUAUAACGAUCCUCCUAGCAACUAUUGGAGCCGGUGGUGUGGGUCUUAACCUUACGUCUGCCUCGCACGUAUACAUUAUGGAGCCGCAAUAUAACCCAGCAGCCGUGGCGCAGGCCAUUGACCGUGUGCAUCGGUUGGGACAGACGCGCGAAGUUACAAACGUGCAGUUCCUCAUGAAGGACAGUAUCGAGGAGAAGAUUGCCGAGCUGGCGAAGAAGAAGCAGCAGUUGGCUGAUAUGAGUUUGAACCGCGGCAAGCUGGAUAAGGCCGAGGUUCAGGAGGGGCGGAUGAGGGAAUAUCGCAGCCUAUUCAAAUGA